CGCUUCAUGCGACUUAGCUGUAACUUCUUCCGAUCGCCCAGGACUUUGCCUUUCCAGUCGCUACCCGGAGAGGCUAACCAGUCUAGGAUGUCGGGUUUGGCCAUAUUUCUGCCGUUGUAUGCCAGGGAAUCUGACCUGAACUCAUGAGGAAUAUUAUUGUGUGGCAGGGGAAGAUGGAAGAACUGAGUCAGGCCCUAGCUGGUAGUUUUUCUGUGUCUCAAGAACUGAACAGCACAGCUGCCCCACACCCUCGCCUAUCCCAAUACAAGUCCAAGUACAGUUCCUUGGAGCAAAGUGAGCGGCGCCGCCAGUUGCUAGAACUACAGAAAUCCAAGCGGCUGGACUAUGUGAACCAUGCCAGAAGACUGGCUGAAGAUGACUGGACGGGGAUGGAGAGUGGGGAAGAAGAUAAGAAAGAUGAUGAGGAAAUGGACAUUGACCCUGGCAAGAAGUUACCAAAACGCUAUGCUAAUCAAUUGAUGCUUUCUGAGUGGUUAAUUGACGUCCCUUCAGAUUUGGGGCAAGAAUGGAUUGUGGUUGUGUGUCCUGUUGGGAAAAGAGCCCUUAUUGUGGCCUCCAGGGGUUCAACCAGCGCCUACACCAAGAGUGGCUACUGUGUCAAUAGGUUUUCUUCCCUUCUGCCAGGAGGCAACAGGAGAAACUCAACAACAGCCAAAGACUACACCAUCCUGGACUGCAUUUACAGUGAAGUGAACCAGACCUACUAUGUUUUGGAUGUGAUGUGCUGGCGGGGACACCCUUUUUAUGACUGCCAGUUUAAAUUUGUGGGGCUAAAGAAUUUCCCAUGUACCCCUGAGAGCCUGUGUAAGGUGCUGUCUAUGGAUUUUCCUUUUGAGGUAGAUGGACUUCUCUUCUACCAUAAACAGACCCACUAUAGCCCUGGGAGUACUCCCUUGGUGGGCUGGCUGCGCCCCUACAUGGUGUCAGAUAUUCUGGGUGUAGCCGUGCCAUCUGGCCCGCUGACCACCAAGCCAGAAUAUGCUGGGCACCAACUCCAACAGAUUAUUGAGCACAAGAGGAGCCAGGAGGACAUGAAGGAUAAACUCACACACAAGACUUCUGAGAAUGGGCACUAUGAGCUAGAGCACCUGUCUACUCCCAAGCCGAAGAGUCCUCCCCACAGCCCUGGGAACCUCAUGGACAACUAAAAGGACAGCCCAUGAAAGACUGGGGAAGAGGACAGUGGUAAUGGCAAUAGGUGAUCUUAUUUCAGAGUGCACUUUCCAAACCCACCCUGCUGGAAAGUUGGCUCAGACUGUUGGGGAUGAGUCCCUAUUGGAUGGAGUAGAAUCCAGGUAGAUUUUAAUAUCUUUUUGCUGUGGUAUGUACAUCCCAGGUCCACAAUGUAAAUAUAUGUGAUUCUUAAGAAAAAGGU